ACAGUGGUGAGAAGUCUUACUCAUUUCUGAGAAUCGGUUCAUUAGAACAAUUCGUUUCAAAGAACCGUUUAAAAAAUAAAAAAAAUAAAAACAAGAUUUAGCUUAGAAAAACAUAUAGUCAUUUAUAUAAAAUUAAAGUCAUUAAACAUAAAUAUAUAUAUGAAUUCACAUUAAAAAUAUUAAAAUUAUUGACAAAGAUUACUUGUCAUGUUACGAAUUUGACGUAGAAUCGACUGUUCGCGGUUCAAAGUGUCGGUUCCAUUGUGAAUCAAGAUCCGACUCAAAUAUUCGCUUCAGUUUUUUGACCGUAAUGGUCGUAGAUCUGCGUAUCGGUUCAUUCAAAUGAAUGUAUUUUAAUGAACCGUUUUAAACACGGAUUCGGCCUUUCUUUUAGUUCGUAUCAGAAGUUCCGUUUUCUGUAGCCACGAGUCAGCUCAUGAAACAUGAAGUAAUUUAGAAAAUCGAUAAAAUAUGCAUUCACAUUAAGAAAUUUAAUCAGCUCAGUCACUCAUCGACUCUUGGCUAAUUACGAAUUUGACAUUUUCGAACAUAUGUUCAUAUUCAUGUUCAAAGUGUCGGUUGCACUGCGAGUCGGAUCGGCUUAGUGAACUUAUUCAUUGAAAACCCGACUCAGAUUCACAAACGGCUACAGUAUACUACAGACAGUACAUCCCUGAACGACAAUGUUUCCACCCUCAUUAUUAAAUCGCCAAAGUCAUUUCAAAGUUGUAACGUCUGCGCGUGGCUUCGAUUAGUAUGUUUUAAUUCAGCAGACGCAAUAGCGUUAUAGCCGAAGUACAGCAGCAGCAGGCUCUGUUUCAAAACCCACUGAACCGCUUAACGUUACCUAGACAGUCUAUUUGGGCUCCGAGGGCGCGUCUGGGACGCUCGAAAAGCUGUUAUGAAAGCAUCCCAACUAAAUGACUAAAAAAAACUCCGCACUGGAGCGUAACAAGCCCGCGAACUACGCCCAGAAAUGCUGCCCAGACAGGCAGCACACUCGUUUUUGACACACCACCAUACUGUGCAUUGACAGGCGUGCUCGGUGCAUGCGUGCUGCUGGAAUCAGUCAGUGACGUUCUUGUCCCAGAAUGCUGCCUGGUAAACAGACAUGGAAGCACCUGGUGAAGACCUCCACAGUCACUGAGCACUGCACUCGCUCUUUGAACUGAUAUUCAUUUUCAAUACACUCUAAAGCCUGCGCUUUUGUUCUCUGAGGAGCUCAACCAGGACCUCUGAAGUCCAGGGCAUUGAUUCCCUUUCCAGCUUGUGUGGCAGUCUGGAAUCACCAUAGCCGAUGAGGAUCUACUGACUUGACCAGUUUAGUUUUUUUUUUUUUUUUUACUUUUGACGAGCGGAAAGAAUGUCGGAAAGGGCCGAUGAUGACGUCAGGGGGGAGCAGCAGCAACAGCAGCAGCGCAGAGCGGCCAGGCAGCUGAAGCAGCGGGGAGAAGCCUCCACAGCAAUGGCGACUGUAGCGGAGCGCAGAUCCCUGCCUAGUCCUGACAUAAUGCUGGGACAGCCUUGGAGCAGCUGGGUCGAUGCUGUGAAACUCUACGGGAGCGACGGUACAGAAUUGGAAGAAAGUUUGAAAGAGUGCGGGAAAAAUCGCGAAGCCAUGAGACUCUGCAGAGACGACAUGCCCAUCUUUGGCCAGUGUCCUGCACAGGAUGACUUCUACCUGGUCAUGUGCAGCCACUGCAGUCAGGUAGUCAAACCCCAGGCCUUCCAAGCACACUACGAGAGAAGACACAGCUCCAGCAGCAAGCCCCCAUCCAGCUUUGCAGCGUUCGCAAACUCUCGAAACAAGAGCAGCAAAUCAGCCAAAGAGAAGCCGCCUCACUGGAAGCCUCCCUUCCCCUAUAGGGUGCCGCAAGAAGAGAGUCCCAUCCCUGCAGCUAAAGGAGAGAAGGACCUUCUGAAGGUGGAACCCUCACCCAAACUUCCCCAUGUGCCCGCCUCUUCUUCCACUUCCUCCUCUCCCUUAAAUACUGUGAGCCCCUUUACCUUGAAAUCAGGCCAUAACUUCCCCUCCAUACCAAAGGUUCCACAGCUGGCCUCAGGUCAAACCCUUAAUGGAAAGGGCCACCUCUCAUCCCAAGACAAGAAACAAGACAGUAGCAGAAGACUGUACAAGAGACCAGAGCGAGAGUUUAAUCCAGAUAUCCACUGUGGGGUUAUGGAUAUGACAGCAAGUAAGCCAUGCACGAGAUCCUUAACAUGCAAGACACAUUCCAUUAGUCAGAGGAGGGCGGUGCUCGGACGGCGGCAACUCUUUGACACGCUGCUUGCUGAGCACAAGAGCAAAGCACGCGACAAGGAGCUGCAGUUCAGGUUGGACCCCUCACACCCAGCACCCCCUCUCAGGGACCCUCACCCUCCCCCCUCCCGCCUCUCUCAAGACCUUCACCCGGUGUCCCAUGGCAAUGGCACUGCCGAUGCCACCAAGCCUUUGCCCCUCAGCAAACCCAAACCUCAUAUUUCUGGGCUUCCACGACUCAACAGCAGUAACUCUCACAGUGGAGGAAACCCAGCCAUGGCACACGACCAGGCCCACCCCUCUCACUCGGCCCCUGUCGGUCCCGAGACCAGCCGCCUCUCCAGUGACGAAGGGGAGAACGAGGAGAGAGAGGAGGCCAUGGAGAAACUGGACUGCCAUUAUUCAGGUUACCACCCACGACCAGCAGCUUACUGCUCUUUUGGAAGUCGGUUGUACGGUAGAGGUUGUUACGCGUUCGACCGGCGCUGGGAUCAAGUACGUUGUACUCUCACCACCAUGUUGGACAAACAUGUCAACUCACAAAUGUGGAAGAAAAUCCCUCUGGCCUCAGAGAACUCUGCAACAACACUGACAGCCUCUCACCGGACAAGCACAAACUCCCAUUCUUCCUCAUCCUCCUCCAUUUCUGCAGGGUUUCUCAGCCUGUCCUCACCACCACCUUAUGACAGCAAGCCGGUCCUGUCAUAUGGCACCACCCUGAACGCCCGCUCUUCUCCGCAAGCCUCCGCCACCGAGCAGCCUGCCUACAGUGGCGCUUCUAGACACGUGUCAGCCUCAUCACCCCAGAUGCCUUCAGCCCACUCGUCCUCGCUACCCUCGUUGGGCUCCAACCGACCCCUCAAAUCCCGAUCUGGUACAAAGUCCUUUAAGGCUCGGGAGCCAUCCUCCAGCCUAAGUAACUCUAUGGUCAAGGGCAGUACUAACAGCAGUGUUAGCGUCAGCGGUAGUGCAAGCAGUAGCCUCAGUUCGGGAAAGAAGCGGAAAAACAGUUCCCUGUUUACCACCCACAGCACUUACACCUCUGAAUCCUCCUCCUCCUUAUCUUUUAAAAAGAACUGUGCGAUAAACUCCUCAAGUCUUGGCAGUGCCUACCACACCUCGCUCACCUCCACUCCUUCUUCAUCUUCAUCGUCAACAACGCUGUCGUCAUCCCACAGUGGGGUGUACAGUGUGGGGGUAAACUGCACCCCAGGCAGGGCCAACUCUUUGAGCUUGAAGCAGGAGUCGACAGGACGUGGCCCUCCUUCAGGCAGCCCAGCCGAGUCCAUUAAACGCAUGAGCGUGGUGAUGAACAGCAGCGACUCCACCCUCUCCCUCGGGCCAUUUGUUCACCAGAGCAGCGAUCACCACGCAGAUGCACGUCUGGAAGCAAAAAGGAGGAAGGGCUCACCUGGCUCAAGUAGCCUCAACAGCACAGCGUCUGGAGCAGGAGGGGGAGGGGGACAAGGUCCUGGCAGGCUCAAAAUGUCCAAGUCUCCAUCAAUCAACAACAUCCACAGCAAGCAAGCUCGCUCUACACCUGGACCACCAGGGCUCCCUAACAAUUCACUCAUACAUCAGCCAAAGGCUCGUCCCUGACACAGGUGUGGAGGCUCUGAGCGUGCUGAGCAGUAGGCUGGACCCAGAGCUCCCUCAGCCCCCUCAUGCCACUCUGCACGAGGCCUUCUUUUUCUCUUACUCUUCCCACAAUCCUCAGGGUGGAAUGCAUACUGGGUGGCCCAUUGAUGCCCUUCGUGGGGAUUUCCUCCCAAAGCCAUGCAGGGGCACUCUCCGGGGAUAGGAUAAUAAGCCAGAGAGAUCUAGUUCUACUGUCGGAGGUUAUGAUGAAUCUAUACAAUGCACCACUGGGUACAAAGCCUGCUACAUAGAGCGUGAGCUGCCCAGCCUGAGCACUUGUGCUGGGGCCGGAGGGUACAGAUUUUGGCUGGUGCGUAGCCUCACCAACACUACCAAGCAUAGGAGGGAUGUGAGACACGAACAAGAUAAGUUGCUUUACCGGUGUUCUCCGGUAUGUUAGUUUGAGCGUGUGGACAUAUGGGAAUACUGGAAACUGAAAUCCCACUCAGCCUUGGAGGAAGUGUACAGGAGAGAAACAUCCCUAAAGUCUACACACAAUCAACUUAAGUUAAUCAUACACAUGAUCUCUCACUGGAAGGCUGUAUUAGAUUAAACUACACUCACUGCAGGAGUGGAGUUUCAACAUGAGCAACCUAAACUUAAAGAUUAUGCAAACUAAACAUUUCUAGACCACAUUUUGUUUACAAGUUAGCAAACAGAACAAAAUAUUUAUCAUAUACCAUUUUUCAUGAUUUUUUUGGGGGGGGGGGGCAAUUUCUUUUUUUGCUGAAAAAUCCAACCCCAAAUCAAGCUCGUUAGUGUAAGCACUUGUUCAUACAACAUGUUUAUUUUGAAUAAUUGUAGGUUUAUGUUAGUAGCCUAGCAUGUUUUUACUGAAUCUCUGAGCAACAGUCAUCUCUUGAAGCUCCAAAAAACUCAAGACAAUACUGUAAUCCUCUUAAAAACCAUAACUUGGGACAAUACGGAUAUUUAGUUUUAGGUACAUUAAGGGCUCGAUUCAUUAAACCUUUCAGCACGUUCUCCGGCAGGUGACGUUUCACCUCUUUCAAUUACCCAUAAAGAAGCAUGUGCUGAAAUCUUAAUGUACUCAAAUCUGCAGUCUCGCUCUCAUAUGAUUGUAAGAGUGUUUCCUAGUGAAGAUGCCUUAGGCGUGGUAUCGUUAUGUGCCGUUUCAGUCUCAGAAUGGGGCUUGUGGCUAGCUGAUGUUGAGCCAUAGACCAACAUUACAGACACACUAUCAUCUCAGCAAUGGAGUAGACAUCUACACAACACUCAAUACUGUGAGACACAUAUACAGUAGUCUGGUCAGCACCAUCUCAACAAGUGAGACUUUACACCGCGACUGAACGUUUCUGCAUGGAUCCGACACGAGCUUUUGUUCUUUGUGACCCUAAAGAGGUUGGUAGCUGGACAUUCUGAUUUAAAUCUCAUUUUUAAUGUGGGUCUGUCAACUUAAAGGCAAUAGAUCCUUUUUUGACUCGUUGAUCUUCAUAAGAGACGUUGAGCUGGAUUUUCUUGUGUAAGUUGGGGCUUCUCUUUAAAACUCCUGUAAAUUCCUGAACUCCACUGAUGUCAGUCAGCAAUGGUCGCUGAGAAGAAGAGCAUGGUUUUUUUAUUUUGUGUGCGCGCGCGUGUGUGUGUAUUUUUUUCCUUCAGCUUUUUCGUACACAAAACCGAAUACAAAUAUUGAAUUAUCCCUAUUUCAGAAUACAUAUUUUGUUAAAGAAUUGUACAUAUGGAGAUGUAUUUUUGCACAGGCAUUUUCGUAAAACGAUUUUUGGUACAAUUGAGAUCAUUAUUAUUUAUUUAGUAAAUGGAAACAUUCUAAGAUUAUUAGAAGUGGUUCACUGCCAAGCCGAUGAUGCAAUAUGCCACUCUAUCAGAACACAGCUUCUAGUUUAUCACACACCGAGUUCACCUGGACAGAUUGUUGCCAGAGUAGUGGGGAAUCAUUGUAUUAUUUUUUCGGUGUCAGUAGUGCUUCUUUUCCCCUUUGGUUCCUCCCCGUCUCAAACCAAGAGGUCAGAGAAUGUGAUCAAAAUGGCCUGUUUAACUGUGCAAAAGAUUUCUGGCUGGCUGAUGUAUUUUGUAGGACUUUUCUAACUGGGAGAGGGAACAAAACAGUUGUACAGUGCAAAAUGUGCACCACUGUUGCCAAACGUUGUAAUUGGAUACACUGCUUUUUAAUUACUUGUUCGUUUGCUUUUAACGAGAAAAAAAAGUGCCUGAAUUAGUUUCUCAUCAACUGUUGUUAUGGCAGAGCUUUUUAUUUCAUGCAUUUUUUUUUUCACAGUACUUGAAUGUUAUAAAGGUUUAGAAACUUUUUAAACCUGCCUAGCAAUCUCACACAUCGCCCUUUUCCCCUUCAAGUAGAGCGGUAACUCUGAUUGAUGAAAUGCAUGGCAGAGUAACACUUACUUGACAAUGACAUGAGAAAAGCUUCCCGUCUAUCCCUUGUAUUCUUUUAUGACUACUUUUGAUAUUAGAAAAUUUCAAAGCGAGAGGGAUAGAUAUUUUGGUGGCUAAGUCUGUGAUUUCAACCAAUGAUUUAGGCAGAUAAAUGUACUGUUUACCUUGAAAUUGUAACUCUGCUUUCAGAUAAUGAAAGCUUUGUGAAGAGGUUUUAUUUAACGCCACAGAUUCGGAAUGUGAACCGAAGAUAAAAACAGUUUGCUUUUUGGGGAAGAAGCCUCUUACAUAUAAACUUAUGUACAAGUGUGUAUAUUUCGAUUUUUUUUUUUUUUUUUUUGUAUAUGUAUUCAAAAAUCAUUUGAUCAGCUGGACUUUUGUGCAUUGGCUGCUAUGUAAUUCAUGAACAAACACAGUAGGGUAGAUUUACUUAAUAUUUAAAGAAAAGAUUGUAUAGUAUAUUUGUUUUGUAACAAGUUUCUGUAAAUAUGAAAAA